GCACCGUGCCACCGAGCCUCACCCGACCAGUUGACCACCACGGUGCCCCCGACCUGACGCUUCUCCCUCUCCCUCUCCCUCUCCAACGCAUCGGGCAACCCACCCCCCUCCAACCCUCUCCCACUGAUUCGCUCGCCGCGCGCGCGCGAGAUCCAGCCGCGCCCCCCGCCGAGAUCUCCCGGCGGAUCACUAGGACGGCGCCGCCGAGGAGCUCGGAGCCAUGGAGGCGUCGUCCUGGGACGCCCUUCGCAAGCAGGCGAGGAGGUUGGAAGCUCAGUUAGACGACCAAAUGAUUGCAUACCGUAAAUUGGUUUCUAUGAAAUCAGAUGGUUCAGAAAAUGAUAUCGAGACUGAUAUAGAAAGAUCACUAAAGCAACUUCAGCAAGUAAAUUCUCAAAUGCAAACCUGGGUAUCAUCAGGAGGCUCAGAAGUUCUAUCUCAUACAUUGACCCGUCAUAUGGAGAUUUUGCAAGACCUUACGCAGGAAUUCUAUCGGCUUCGAUCUAGUCUCAGAGUGAAGCAACAGCAUGCUUCUCUCCUUGACUUGAGAGACUUUGACAGAGCAAAGUUUGACGUGGAAGAGUCUGGGGACUCAGAACAAGCUCUUCUUAGAGAACAAGCUGCAAUCAGCAGGAAUUCUGGACAGGUGGACACUGUGAUAUCACAAGCUCAAGCAACACUGGGCGCUCUCAUGUCCCAGCGUUCAACGUUUGGUGGCAUCACUACCAAAAUAAGCAACGUCAGCAGCCGGAUCCCCACGAUUAACCACAUCCUCGCGUCGAUCAGAAGAAAGAAAUCGAUGGACACGAUAAUUCUCUCGCUCGUGGCGUCGGUCUGCGCGUUUCUUAUGUUCAUCUACUGGUUGUCAAAGUAGUAGGAUGUGGUUGGCCACAGCGAAAAGGCAUCAUAGUGUUGUAAGUUUGGAUCACAGUGCCGGUACAGAUAAUGAUAUGAUGAUUGGUGUUUGUACAAUAUUGAUUCAAUGGUAUUACGUUUUCACAUC